UGUCCGCACUGGUCCACUGUCUUCUUACCGGGACGUCUGAAUCAAACAGAGCCAGCGUUAAUGUUAUUAGUAACACCUGCUGUGCUGUUGCUCCAAUGACAAGCCAAGACAUGAUUUAGAUGGAAUGCAAUUAAUGUAAUUAGACGGACCAAUUAGAACCUGGAACAAGGGAAUGUGUAGCGUUUUAGUUUUUUUUUUACAUGCAGAGCAUUAAUAUAAAAGUAAACAACUACAUGCUCUGUAAAUACAUAUGGUGGAGUAAUGUUGACAUGAGCAGAGGACAAAGCCUCUUUCUCUCCAGUCUUGUAUCUUGCAUUUUCUUUUAAAGAUUGUAAUGAAUCAUCAUUCAAAAUAGUUGCAACCCUACUCUGGAGCAUCUCCAGCUCCAACAUUUGUCUCAACGCAACCUCCGCCACAUUCCUGUCUCUCUGCUCGUCAACCAAACAAAGGACUAGUUUGAGUAUCGGAAAAAUAAGUUAUGAAUUCAGUUUCAGAGUGAGUCUUUCUCAUGUCCUACAGGCUUUGCUCUUCUCUCUUAGUUUUUGUUUAUCUAUCUUUCCGGCCACCCACACACAAAAGUUGGACCACUUCAGCUCCGAAAACCACACAAGAUUUUAGACUACGCAGUUUCUGGCCUUGACAGGUUGUUUUGCCGUCGACUUUCUAAGACGAUCACAAACACCCGUUUGACUCCUUUGGCAGGAUCUGCUCAGCUUCAUUGCAUCUUUUGUGCAAACGAUCAUAAUUAGUUUUAUGAAUCAGCCCUCGAGGAUUAGUUCAAGCCGAAACUGAGUUACAUUUAAUUGCAGUUUCUCCACGAUGUGACUUAUACCUAAAUACAUGUGGCAUUAUGUGACCACAUCAGUCGCACAAGGUGGAGAUGGAGGCCAGCUGCAUUGAUUCUCAAAUUGCGUACCACUAAAUACGAAAACAUGAAACGUCCCAGACAACAACAACGACAAAAUAAGCAGAUUCGCACACUACUUUAUGUUGUUCAUCUCGGUUCCAGAUAUCCACAGUCAUAGUGAAGGCCAUUGUGCCUGCUUGUCUUGUGAUUGAAUCGGGAUGCACUGCAUAGUUGAGGUUCGGCAGCAGCAGCUGGUCGUGUUGUUUUUGCACAGCCUGCUAAAGCACCCAUGAGAAGCUAGGAGGUCCUGGAUGACUCGAGGAAGCCGGUGGCACGUGUUCUACCCCUCUGGUUCUCAGGAAGCAGGAUGGGCCGAUCAAUGGGACCGCCUGCCUGUGUCUAGACUCCUCUGGCUGCUUUGGACCGUACCUCAAAGGAGAGGCUUGGAUUUCUUGGGAAACUUUUGCUUCUCGUACACUGUGAGCGACCCGUCCAGCCAGCCGCGCGCAGCUCUCUGUUGCCAUGGACGCCUGUGCACGUAUUAGAGGAGUCCCCAUCAGGUCCAGGGCCUCGGUCCGGAAAGAGACUGUGCGUGACGGUGGGCCGCAGUGUUUGAAGAGCCUCUUCAGGAAUAAGAAGGAGCUCUGCAGCGUUGGCCUCGAGCAGCCAUCCAGAGACGUCACGAGGCUGACGGAGAUCCAUUUUGUGUGUCUGCCUGGCCAAUGUGAAGGGGACGAUGUCACCCAACGGGCUCUGUUUUCUAUGCCAGCGGGGCUGUGUGAGCUUCUGAGGUCCCUCCACGUGCACAGCUUAAAGAAUGACGAGGUUCUGCUGCUCAAAGACUCCCGCAGGCUGGCAGAGCACAAGGACGCUGGGCCGCAGUGUUGGUUAAAGGCCGUGUGUGUGCUGAGGCAUAAUCCCAGCACGAGUGUCUACCCCCAAGCCAGUAUAGCGUCUCUGGUGGGCUUGCUGGGGUGUUACAUGGCAGGCGUACGCUACGCUUUGGAGCUCCAGGCUCUGCAGAGGGGCGCAGCUGAGACCAGUCAGCCAGAGGAGGACGACACCAACCAGUCGGUCUCGUCAAUCGAGGAUGACUUUGUCACAGCCCUGGAGCAUCUGGAGGAGGAUGACACGGGAGACAAUCCCUCUGCAGUUUCCUAUCGCCCUUUUAAGAAGCGCGAUGUGGCAUCACAGACCGUCCCAGCCCACAAGAGAAAAAAGGAAUUUGCAGGCGCACGCAUUAUCAUAAGCUCAUCUUCAAAGAAGAAUAUCGGCCAACCCGCAUCUGGUCCGGAAGUGUCUGUCACAGUGCAGAAGUCAUCGGCCAUGGAAUCUCAAUGGACUUACUGCAGUCCCGGAGCUCGUCUCCCCGCCUCGCCUUUGGUUAAUGUCAGUGAAUCGGAGGAUUCGGACGGCUCCAGCCCGAGCCCCAUUAUUUUCCUGGAUGAGGUGGGCUACCAGAAGAGCCUGCUGGCCAAGCUGGACAUCCCCCAAGUUCCAGGGGGCCCCAGAGAACGAGUUGAAGACUCUGACUCCGAAGUCAGUGAAUUCUUCGACAGCUUUGACCAGUUUGACGACCUGGAGGAGCUGAGCUCAGACAACUGCACUCUGGCGCUGCCUCUGGACGCCAUCAGUGCCCCGACCACGCAGAAGCACACCAGCUGGUCAGCAUCCAAAUAUGUUUCUCGGGGCUGCUCGACCAAGGGAAUGAAUCCUCAACGCUUUGACAAUCCCACGCUCCCAGCCAAUGUGAAAAAACCCACGCCUCUGAAGCCGGGCUCUCCCUACGCACUUCACUCUGAGGUGCCUGACUCCCCUCGACCCGUGCAAAGCUCCUCUGAUGAGAACGGCGGCCCACUCUUUAGUCCCGUCAGCUCCUCGGCCUUCAGCCCCCUGGUGGACUCGAGUGGCCCGCUGGAAUACUUCUGGAAGGCAGAUGAGGAUGGACCGGAUAGCUCCGAGAUACGUAAACCCCAGGAUCUCUGCUCUCUGUACAAGACCUACUCGGACUUUGCGAGCAGCCUCUCCAAAGAAAUCCUGGGAUCUGUGUGUGGCUACCAGUCUGCCGUUGACAUCAGCGACAACAAGAAUCUCAGCUGCGUCUGCCACAAGGAGUUCCAGAACCCAUCGGGCUACCUGAUGAAGCUCUCAGAAAUACAAGAGACUGUAACAGUGGCCACGCUGCAGAAGAAGUCCCAGUCUCUGAAGGAUGGCAUCCAGAGGUUUGCCACUGACCUGGUGGAGAUGAGCCUGGGCAGCGCCUUGCGAGACCUCCAAAAAGGUGUUUCCUCCUGUACCACCACCUUGUGUCACCUCGCUGCCAGGCUCACCUCCUCAGUGUUUCAAAUGGCCUUCCAUGAGAUCGGCAUGCGCCACGCCUACGUGUUAAAAAAACGAGCAAUCAAUGGACUGGCGGGCUUCCUGGCCGGAGAGGCUGUGUCUGGGGCGCUGAAGGAGUUCCUGAUCGUGAAAAAGCAGAUUCUCCACAACACCGUGACACGUUUUGCUGCCGAUCUGGCCGAAGAGCUCGUGUUUGAAGGCGUUAUGGAAGUGUGUCAGUUCUCCUACCUGUCAACCCCUCUCACCGCGAGUGAUUGGUCCUUUGGCCGCGGGCGAGCGGAGGAAGAGGAAGAGGAGGAGGUGGUUUCCUCCUAUGCUUCAGACUUGUCCGAGUCUGUUAUCCAAGAGGCCUUCAUAGAGCUGUCUCAGGCGGAUGUUGCCUUCACGAGCCAAGCGGCUAUUAGUGUGUCUCUGGACAACAUCUGUUACGUCAGUGCAGAGAACAGUGGUGCCGACACCUGCAGUACCUUUGCCAACCAGCAGGUUUUAAGUGCCUGCUCAGUGGCAGCAGUUCCUGGGCCUUCAGGAGAGGAUGCUGCCUGCACGGUAGAGAAAGCCCUGUUUACAGUCUCGGGCAUGGCCAGCUGUAUUCCUGUGCCCCAAGCAGGCCAAGUCCUCUCCCACCUCCAGGAUUCUGAGGAGACCUGUCCGUCUGUGUCUAGCUUGUCAGACAUCCCACAGGCCAGCCCCCAUAAAGUAACUGCAUCUUCCUCCGACACCACCACCUCGACCCAAACGUCCCUUGACAGUCACGGAACGCAGACAGCCACCCCCGGUGGAGACCCCACCCAAGGAAAGUCUCCGUUCCAAAACUUCUCUGGCAACAUGGUGGACAUGAUAGUAACGGAGGCCUGUGAGCUGAUGACUGCAUCUAAUAUGAAGAAGAGUUUCGGCGACUGUGCUGAUUUCUUUACAAAGACAAUCGGAAGCAGAAGGGACUCCUCUUCUGAGCAAGAGACGGGUAAUUACGAGGCUCCAGAUUCCCCUUCAAAGCAGGCAGCUGGCUUCACAUGUGACCAUAGCGAGUCUAACUUUGUGAGGACGGGCGGGCCUGUUGACGCAGCAACGGACCAGAGCAUUCCUCACAUCUCUUUUCAGGCAGGCUCUCAAAGCCAGGGGAGACCCAGUUGCGAGGUAGACCCCAGGACCAGAGGCGUGGCCGAAAUGCACCCUGUGAUGAUGGAUACUCUUGACGUGCCGGGUACCGAGGCGGCCGGACAAAGGAGGAUAGCCGUUCCCGGGGAUGACUCGGCUCCGAGCUCUGGGCAAAAAUCUGGUGGGACGCCGGGCACGCCCCCGUCUACGCCUCAGCAGCCCAGUGAGGUGUCCGAGGAGAAGCAGAUGAAGCGGUUCUCCAAGAAGCUGAAAAGCAAGCUGUCGAAGGAGUUCUCCCCUGCUACCCCCCCACCCACUCCUCACGAUCAGCCUGAGCCAAAAGACGCAACCCCCGAGGCUGACAAGGCUGAGUUCAUGCUCAAACUGAUGAGGUCUCUCUCUGAGGAGGCCGAUGGCAAUGAGGAGGAAGAGGAGGAAGAGUUGGCAGACGAGGGGCGUGUCGGUGGCACUAGCGGGUGUUUUGAGUCGGCGGGUGGCCGGCAUGAGCUGAACCAGAUGUCCGCUCGCAGAAUGUCCAACAAGGAAGCUCUCCACUAUGCCGAGCGGCUGGCUUGCCACAUUGUCUCCAUGGCAACAGAGAUGGACACCCUGGGAGGGGCAGAAGAGGAGGGAGAGGCGAGCAACGGCGGUGAGAGGAGGAGAGACAGCGUGGCUCACUUCUCGGAGCAGACCCUGAACACCUUGUGGGUCUAUGCCGGGGAGGUGGCGGGAGAGGUCGUCGACGACGUGAAGAGGAUGGUGAGCUCUGCUCAGCAGUGUCCACAUCACAGAGAUCUCAGAAGAAGAAGCUUUGAGAGAUCUAGUUCUGAAUGUUUGCAUCAGCACCAGUAUCACCCCAGUACAGACCAGAACAGAGACUGGGGGGUAGGGAGGCCGGCAGAGCAGUGGUCUCACGACCCGAUAGCCUCCGUCUUCCGGUCUCCCACCUCCACCUCAAGCACCUUCUCCGGCUCCGGCUCCGGCAUGUCCUCUGAGUACCCCAGCUGUGAGAGUGUGACGGAUGAGUACGCCGGCUACCUCAUCAGGGUGCUGAAAAAGGAGGGAGGCAGUCGGGAGCUGGUCCUGGACCAGUAUGCGAGCCGGUUGGCCUACCGCUCCAUAAAACUGGGCUUGGCUCAUGCCAGUCGCAAGAUCAAGCAGAGAUCCUCCAGCGCCCGCCUUCACUCGUCCAAGUCGCUGCCAGAUGAAUGGAAAGCCUCUGGCUGUGAAGCGUCCAAGGAAAGAGCAGAGCCAGCGGCGCGUCCCUCUGGCAAGGACGCUCGGUGUAGUUGCACGGACUCUGGAGAGCAGAGUCCGAGGGAGUAUGUCGACCUGGUCCACUUUGCAGAGUCUUUAGCCCACGACAUCACCUGUGACGUGACGCACAAGCUGCAACUUUCCUCUGCUCGACUGCCCAAGUCUCUCACCGACUCCUCGCUGUACAAGAAAUCCAAACUGGAAGACAUGGCGGAGAAUCUCAUCAGGAACUCCUUCUCUUGCCCCCUGCUGUCCAAGGAGGGUAAGUGCAGGCAUUACCACAGCACAGGGAGCCUGUAUGACGGAGGCUACAGGAGUCGGGUGACGCAGGUCAUCGAGCAUUAUGCCAGGAGAAUAGUUGACGACACUCUAAAGAUGAGUCUUGCUUCAUCCCGGGAGCAGCAGGGGACCCAAGGCCAGGACCAACUCUCUCACGCCCAGAGGUUGUCCGAGGGGCCGACACCGGGCCGCGCAAUGAUGGAGAGGACGUGCCGUUAUUGUCAGGUGCAGGAGUGCCCGUACUGCAGCAAACACAGCAGGCACCACCACCAGCCCGUAUUUCAGAGGAGCAAAAGGGGGUCAGAAGGUCAGGCGAGGCCUGAGCGGCUGUCUAGCCUGGAGAUUCCCAAGAUCCACAUUGACCUGGAGCACAAGGCGGCGCUCGCACAGGAGAUGGUGUCCACGGCGAGGGAGCUGAGCAACACCAGCCUUAACGCCGACAGCGGCAUCGGCCACGAUGGAACCAGCUACGCCGAGAGCCUCACUGCUGAAAUCGUGACGUCGGCCCUGACCAACGUCUGCCAGACCGGCAACAUCAGCCUCCAUGGGAGGGAAGCCACAGAGUCUUCUGUGUCCCAGCAGCUGAGUGUCGGAGAUGACAGUCUGGGCAGCUGGUCCAACCUGAGCUUUGAGGACGAGCACCCAGACGACAACAGCAGCUUCCUGCACCUCAGUGACAGCAGCAAUGGGAACAGCAGCAGCUGGAGCAGUCUGGGCCUGGAGGCGGAGGCGUGUGAGGAGCGCAUGUCGUUCUCUCCCUCUGACAGUGACCAUACAGAGGACAAGGAGGCUGAGGUCAGAGAGGAAUCCAGCGGAACUCUCUGCGUGGACAAGACUCGGGCGUCGGCUCCCAGGGCCGCGCUCGUCCUGGUGAACUCUGAUGUCAGGGAGUUCGGGCGCGGCCCCCCACACGUGACCCUUGACCCCCAGCUCAGGAGCAUGCUGCAGUGGGUGGCGGCCUCCAUGGCCGACAUCCCCCAGAUCCAGCUGUGUGCCGACAGAGAGCUCCAGCAGCUGCCGGCGGUGGUCCAAAGGCUUCGGGAGAAGAGGUGGCGUGCGGGAGAGCUGCUGCACACGCUGCUGCGCUACUGGGAGGAGGGCCAGGCGCACGGCCAGGCGCCGGCCCGGGACGAGGCUCCGCAGGCGGGCAGGGAGCCGCACCGCGUCCCCCUCUUCCAGUGGCUCCUGGAGCACGCCUAGGUCCUCGUCUCCUUUCCCCCUCCGUCCUCGCUCCUCGGUUCCAAACGGGGCUUUGCAGACUCCACUAGAGGGCGCCAUACAAAUCAACCGCUCUAUCGUAUUCUGGUGGAUGUGGGCGGCGUGUGUUUUGCAUUUGCAUGUCGUGUUUCCCUCCCCUGGCCACCCUCUGGUUUCGUCGCCGCAGAUUAAUUUGUUCCCUCGUGUUGAUUUGAUGAGCCGCCUCUACUGCCCCACCUUCACGUCUCAAUUGAAGCCCUCACACCUCGCUGCCAUAUUUUUUAAUUUUUUAAAGGAGACACAAAAGAGAGCGAGACACUUCCCAUCUGUUCCAGACAGAAGUGCGGGGAGGUUUUCUUUUGUUAGGGAAUCCCCAUAGCUGCUGGUCGGAUGAUGUCAUCAUCACAGCCACAGCUCACCUCUGUGGUGUUUCCACAUGUUAAGAGAGCAACACGGAGCGCUCACACACACACACACACAGACACACACACACCACACCCGUGGUGUAUCUCGGGUUCCCUCUGAUACAACAACACUCAUGCCCAAGUAGUAUUCCAUUGUUGUGUUGAUCCACUCCGUGACGGUCAUUCAGUUUGCUUUGGGAAAUUAGAUUUCAAUGAAGGAAACACAGAUAAAGCUGCCACACACACAGGUUGACAAUGUGCAAAACCCACAUCUUUAGUAAAUUGUACUCUGUGAUCAUGCGUUGAUGAUCAAACCAGCCAUACAUUUGGCGGUUGAACGAUGAUUAGCGCUUGAUGAAGUUGCCUCUUGCCAAUAUUGGUGUUCCCGUCGUAUCUGAUAACUGUAACGCUGCUUGCCGAGCCUCAAUCUCCUCGCUGGUCAAACUCAGCAAACAAGACUUGGAGUGGAUGAAGUUUAGUGUGACGGUGGGAAUCAAAAAGUAUGUAUUUUUAUGAAGGUAAGAGUCUGUCCAGUCAAACACGAAAUGCUGCUCAGAGCUCUGAGAGAAAGACGAAGCCGUGCUGUUGGCCAAACGCAGCGGACGCAGUGACUCUCCUCCCCUCCGGGCAGGAGAAGGAGAACGAUCCCCCGGUCAUCUGUGGUCCGGCUCCAGGGUGGAUCCACAAUGGAUCUCUUGGUAAUUAAAGACGCUCUUCUGGUCCGCACCUCCGAAAACCACAAACUAGCAGCGUGUGCGUAUGAGCGAAGCGAGGAGCGAGGACGUCGGGUACCAAAACGUACAUGCACUGAACUCCCUCCUCCAAGGAGAGAUGGUUGGGAUACAGCUUCACGGUGUUUAUUUAUUUCAUAUUUUCUUUAACGAAGGACCCGAUGACGACGUCCUCACGUUGCUCAUCGGGGGGCUUUCCCUCUGGAGUUUGAAACACUGUAAUAUCCCGUCUCUUUUUGUUUACAUGCAAGAAAUUAUUAUACAUCACAAAACCCACUCUUUUGAAAAGAUUCAAACCCAAAGUGAUGCCGACUAUUGCUAAUACUGAUAGUGGAACGGUCCAGUAUUAUCCCGAGAAGUGAGCGUGCGUAUAUAUCUUGGUUUACGUGAAAGGAAUGUAUUAGGUGUCAUCACUUGACACACAGAGAGCACAUCCCAGUGUACAACUUCUCCCCCAGUGGGAAUGUUUCGUUGUUGAAGUCGAACUUUCCCAUGUUUCUUCUUUUGAUUUUUCUUUUUGUUGUUCAGCCCCCUCUUCUUCUUUUUUUGCUUUAAAAAAUAAAUAUAUUUCACAUUCCUGUGCAUCCCCCCGGUAACCUGUAGCUCUAUCUUGUUGUGUUUGUGAACGCUGGAUGUGUAAAAGACUCCAUUGAGAAGCUGCCGUCGUUCCCAGUGUUACUUUCUGACCACCGGCAGAAAAAAAGAAGAAAAAAAACUAACACAUAAAAAGAGAGAUGUACCUCGCCUCCACUCACCUCUGUAUUUUUCCUGCUUCCUUGUAAAACCCUGCCAAAUGAAGAUAUUUAAUAAAUUAUCUAAGUUAUAUAUCAGAGUUCACUUAUUGUUCUUCCUCCUGGCAUUGCUGAGUAGUUUACACAUGAAGUCAACAACUCUAAAUGUGUUUGUUUGAAGCUUGGUGUGACAAUAAAGCUUUUUUUCAUGUGCUCUUA